AUGCUCAGACGUCGUCGCGGCAUGCUUUCGGCGUGUGGAAUGGUUGCUGCCGAUCGAUCUUCGUAUAAGCCAAGUAACAUAGCUGAGCUCCUGCUAGCUCGACCCAAACUGUGGCUGAGGCUUGGCGAGCUCGGUCAUUUUAAAGCUCGCACGAAGCCGAACGCGCAACCCAACGGACGACAUCCUCGAUUGUCGCAACCUCGUCGUCUUGCUCCAUCCCUCCCGCGUCUACCACCACCUCGACAUCCGACUCCUAUUCCUUCCAGCGUCAUGCCAGAACGAUCAACAGGUCCGAUGAUGUUCAUCGGCGAGCGAUGCGCAUUCGAUGAAUGCCAUCGAGAAGACUUCUUGCCUUUCAAGUGCAGCGACUGCCGACAACACUACUGCUCGAAUCAUUUCAGACCACAGGCGCAUCGUUGCGCUCACUACGAUGUCGCCGACGUCGACUAUCGCGUACCGCUGUGUCCGAUCUGCGACAACCCUCCUGAGGGGUGGAAGCGCGACCAGGACCCCAACAUUGCCAUGGACCGCCACCUCUCCGGUCAAUGUCCCAUGCUAGACAGCAACGGCUACCUCAAGCCGAACGCAGCACUGCCAAAGUCGACACAGAUGAAGAGAGUCAAGAAGACCAACGAGUGCUCGUUCGUCAAGUGCUCCAAGAUCAUGGUGGUGCCCAUCAAGUGUCCACAAUGCUCGGCAUCCUUCUGUCCAUCCCAUCGUGCGCCGAAUCAACACAGCUGCAAACACGCUUCCACAUCUUCGUCUCCAGCAUCUUCGUCAACACGGCUGGCGAACAGCACUUCGUCGGCGAGUGGCAUCAAGAAUGCCUUUUCGAACCUCAAGAUCAGCAGCCACUCGUCAUCAUCCGCUCCCAUCAAGCCAAGCCCCCCAUCAAACCAAACACCAUCCCGACCAAUAGACGCCUCAAGCUCGAACACGACGUCGGCACCGUUUGGCAAGAUGUUCGAUAAGUCUGAAAAACGCGCAAAAGCCGAACGACUAUCUGCCAUCCGUGCCAUGCAGGCUCGCCAACGCAAAGGCAUUCUGUCCAAAGCAGACGAGCUCAAGCUGGCCGAAGAGAUGGCUAUGUUGUCCAAGACGGAGCGGAUCAAGGCCUCAGAUUCGGAUUGCAUCGUCAUGUGA